AUGCGUUCCUGGAUAAAGUCAUCACUGGGGUUUCUCCCAGUGAUAGUACAAUCUGCACUUGGCCAAAAUGUUAUUGACCUCACCGGAGAUGGCUGGACAAUCAGCAGCAAGGCCCUGAAUAUUUCAGCUCCUGGUUACUUGCCUUCUCAGGUACACCUGGAUCUCUACAAGGCAGAUGUGAUUGAUGAUCCGUACUACGGUCUUAAUGAUUUUAAUUUGCGUUGGAUCGCGAGGAACAACUGGACAUAUACUAGUAACGCGUUACCUGGGCUGUCUAACAAAGCCUUGGAAUCCUGGCUUGUCUUCAACGGUUUGGACACAUUCGCCACGAUUGAGCUAUGCGGAAAAUUCGUUGGCACAACUGACAACCAGUUCCGUCAAUACACAUUUGAUGUCUCCGAUAUCGUGAAAAGCUGCCAAGGUGACCCAACUUUGUCAUUGAACUUCGGCAGUGCACCCUUAAUUGCCGAUAAGAUCGCCGAAGAUCCAACUUCCGAGAAAUGGCCAUACCGUCCCCAGCAAAUAUAUGAAUUCCCCAACCGUUGGUACAUCCGCAAAGAACAGUCUGACUUUGGAUGGGAUUGGGGCCCAGCAUUUGCCCCCGCCGGUCCAUGGAGAGACGCUUAUCUCGUUCAAUUCGAGGAGCAGGAGAGCAUCUAUGUUCUCAACACAGACUUGGACAUCUUCAGACAAGGACAAAUUAAUCACGAGAUACCCGAUCAAACCAAGCCGUGGGUCGUGAAUGCGAGCAUUGACUUUCUCGGAUCACUCCCCGAUAAGCCUUCGAUGCAUAUUGUUAUCAAGGAUGCUGAGUCUGGAACAACUCUCAAGUCUGCUGCUCUUGGGAAUGUCUAUACCUCUGGCCAAACAAUUACCGGAAACAUCAACAUCGAUGCCGAUGCACCAAAUCUCUGGUGGCCCACAGGCAUGGGUAAGCAGAAUCUCUACAAAGCAACAAUCACUGUUAGUGGCUCAGGGCAAAACAAACCACUCGCCAGCGUCACAAAGCGCACUGGAUUCCGCACAAUCUUCCUCAACCGCCUCAGUAUCACCGAUGAACAAAUCGCUCAAGGGAUCGCGCCAGGAGCCAACUGGCAUUUCGAAAUAAAUGGUCAAGAAUUCUACGCGAAAGGAUCCAACCUGAUUCCUCCUGACGCAUUCUGGCCACGAGUGACUGAAGAGAGAAUGCAGCGCCUUUUUGAUGCCGUUGUAGCCGGUAACCAGAACAUGCUUCGAGUCUGGGCUUCCGGUGCCUAUCAACCAGACUUUAUCUACGACAUCGCAGACGAGCGCGGUGUUCUGCUCUGGAGUGAAUUCCAAUUCAGUGAUGCGAUGUACCCAGUCAAUGCAUCGUUCCUGGAAGAUGUUGCGGCCGAGGUUGCUUACAACGUGAGGCGAGUGAAUCACCACCCAUCACUUGCUCUAUGGGCUGGCGGCAAUGAAAUUGAGAGCCUUGAGCUCCCUCUCAUACAAGAGGCAGAUCCCAACCACUAUUCCUACUGGGUCGGACAAUAUGAGCAGCUUUUCAUCAGUCUCAUUCUGCCCCUUGUCUAUGAGAACUCGCGGUCUAUUUCGUACAUGCCUAGUAGCACAAAUAACGGCUACCUGUGGGUUAAUCUCUCGGCGCCAGUGCCAAUGGCUGAACGCUACGACAAUACCACGGUUGAAGAUUACUAUUCCGAUACAGACCACUACAACUACGACAGUAGCGUCGCCUUUGAUCUUGGCAGUUACCCCAUUGGCCGCUUUGCCAAUGAAUUCGGCUUCCAUAGUAUGCCAAGCCUCCAGACCUGGCGUCAAGCUGUUGACGAAGAUGAGCUUCACUUCAAUAGCAGCACUGUGAUGCUUCGGAAUCACCAUUAUCCUUCUGGUGAUACCUCAACAGACAACUUCAAGAACUCAUCCAUGGGAAUGGCCGAGAUGACUAUAGCGGUGGAGCGCUACUAUCCAAUCCCGAAUAAGGAGAACUCAGUGGCGAAUUUCAGUGCCUGGUGUCACGCUACGCAGAUGUUUCAGGCUGACAUGUACAAGAGCGAGAUUCAGUUCUACCGCCGUGGCAGUGGGAUGCCGGAGCGGCAGCUUGGAUCCCUAUAUUGGCAGCUCGAGGAUAUCUGGCAAGCACCAACCUGGGCGGGUAUCGAGUAUGAUGGUCGGUGGAAAGUCCUUCACUAUGUUGCGCGUGAUAUCUACCAACCUGUGAUUGUUGCACCUUAUUGGAACUACACGACCGGUGAUCUCGAAAUAUACGUCACCUCUGAUCUUUGGGAGACUGCUCGUGGAACAGUGAAUCUGACUUGGGUAGACCUUUCUGGCAAUCCUAUCUCCGGUAAUGCCAAUACACCGGCCUCUACUCAGUUCACUGUCGGUGCACUAAACACGACCAAGAUAUUCGGGACCACUAUCUCAGACCUGGAUCUAUCUAACAAGACAAAUGCUGUUUUGGUGAUGUCGAUUCAUGCAAGCGGUCAUCUUCCUAACGCUGAGAACGGCAAGGUCUCCACAUUCAUUCAUCAGAAUCAAUUCACUCCUGUUUGGCCAAAUGAGGUUGCUUUGGUGGACCCCAAGGUGGAGGUUUCCUAUGAGGCAAGCACUGGUCUGUUCACUGUUGAGGCUCAGAACGGCGUGUCCCUUCAUACUUGGCUGGACUAUCCAGCUGGUGUUGUUGGUUAUUUCGAUGAGAAUAUGUUUACCCUUCUACCUGGUGAGAAGCGCAAGAUCGGGUUUACUGUACAGACAGAUGAGACUGGCGGCAAUUGGGUUGGGGGAGUGACUGUGCAGAGUCUUUGGGACCAAACGACAAAAUGA